AUGGCUAAGGCUCCCAAGUCUGUUUCCUACUUUGCAUUCUUCUUCAUCCUCUUCCUCCUUGCCUCAUCAGAGAUCCAGAAAACGAAGAAACUAUGUGAGAGGAGAAGCAAAACAUGGUCUGGCAGGUGCACCAAGACUCAGAACUGUGACAAGCAAUGCAAGGACUGGGAGUAUGCCAAGCAUGGAGCAUGCCACGGUAGCUGGUUCAACAAGAAAUGCUACUGCUACUUCGAUUGCUGA